UCCUCAAUCAUCCAUCCAUCCUCUCCCAAAUCCAGCGGAGCUUUGCUUCCUCUUCCUCUUCCUCUUCUCCCCUCAACCCAAACUCAAAUCCAAAUCCCCGAACCCACCGGCGAUGGCGCGCGGCGGCCGCUCCGAGAAGAGCGGCGGCGGGUGCGGGCGGUGCUGCCUGGGGUUCCUGCUCAAGCUCCUCGCCUUCCUGCAGGCCUUCGCCGCCCUCUCCGCCGUCCUCUACGCCGCCUCCAUCCUCUCCCGGUGGGCGCGCCACCAUGAGCUCCACAUCCACCACCUCCUCCCAGACCUAUGGUUCGCGUGCGCCGUCAUGGCCGCCGGCCUCCUCUACUGCGCCAUCCUCCUCGCGGGCUACGUCGCCGCCGAGGUCAGCAGCGGGUGCUGCCUCUGCUUCUACACCGGCUUGGCAAUGGUGAUGAUGCUGCUCGAGGCCGCCGUGGCCGGACGCAUCCUCCUCAACGAGCACUGGAUCCAGGAUCUGCCGCAUGACCGCACCGGAGAGCUUGAGAACCUCGUCUCCUUUGUCAAUGCCAACCUCGACCUCUGCAAAUGGGCUGCUCUCGCUACCGUUGCCACUCAGGCACUCUCGCUUUUCUUGGCGAUGGUUCUACGAGCCAUGGUUUCACCCACGAGUGGUGACUAUGACAGUGAUGAAGAUUUUGUGGUCAUAAGGAGGCCGCUGCUUAUUGCCCGAGGAGCUCCAUCCUAUCUCCCUACCACCGCCGACCCCAGGGGUGGUCAUCCGAACUUAUGGAGCUCAUCAAUGAGGCAGAAGUAUGGACUGAACUCCUCGGGGGACUACACCUACAACACACUGGGUCAAAAUGCAGUGCCACCGCAGUGAGAAGCUUAUGUGCGACAGGUGAUGAAGGAAGAGCAUGCAUGGCUUUGUUGGAAGCACCUGUGCAGCAUAUUUGUAGUAUCUGGUUAUAUUCCAUGGUGUAAUGCGCACUAUAUAAUUUGUGCAUCCAGCCAAUCUCGAACUCAUUGUACAUAGUUCCAUCAUUAGUGAAGAUCAUGUAUGUGUGACCCUGGCUGGCUAGUUGGAAAGGACUUGUUGUCAACAUUUCGUUGGAUGUUUGUUAAGCUAGCUGGUGAUAGCAGUUUAUGAUGUGAAAAAAGAUCUUGUAAAGUAAUGUUACUAGCACAGUUUCACUUGUGUGGUGAGAUAGUAUUGAUAUGCCGCCAAGUAUUA